CACACACACACACACACACACACACACACACACACACACACACACACAUCAAAAUGGCAUCGCACCCUUGGAGUCGGGCGGCCCGCAUGCUGGGCAAGCGCACGAAGCUGGCUGACCCCAUUCCAAAGUGGAAGAUUGUCACCGGUGAUAUUGUGCAGGUCAUCCAAGGGCCCAAGACGGAGAUUGGCAAGUCGGGCAAGGUCCUCCGGGUGGACCGCAAGCAGAACCGCCUCUACAUCGAGGGCGUGCUUGAGCACACGCGUCGCAUCCGCAAUGAAGAGACCAACCAAACCGCGCUGGUGCAAUCACCGGCCCCCGUACACUACUCCAACGUCGCCCUUCUCGACCCUAAGGAUGGCCUUCCCUGCAAAGUCAAAACACAAGUCAUCGACGGGGAGCGGGUGCGAUAUUCGACACGGACUCUGAGCAAAAUCCCCAAGCCCCACUGGGAGCGUCGUGACGGCAUUAGCCCUCUCACCUACAAAGAUACGCCUUUGGACACAAGUGCUGAAGUUGUGGCACGCGAAACCUACCGCCCCUCUGUACUCACCCUGGAGGAGAGCGUGCUGCGGGAAAUGCGACGAGCUGCUGGGCUGCCCGAAUAAAGACACGACCCAAUUGUCACCCCCUCUGCUAUCGAAUCAUGUUUUUAUUCUCUUUCACCUCGCCCAGCGGAACAAAGGCACCUGUCUCAAGCACUGAGCCAACCGGGUGCUGUCAUCAGCGGCACCCUGCUUUUGACUUUUGGACAACCGCAGCUGUUGUCCACCUGAAGAGGUCCCCCAAAGUGCUGGCUACUACAAUUUCAAUUUCAAAUUCAAUCAAGUCGGAAUUAAAG